GCCCGAUUCUAAAUGUAUCUGGUACCGGUAAUGGUCCAGAUACGCACAUUGAAAACAAUAUUCGAAAUGUAUAUGGAACGGGUAAUGGUCCUGAUACAUACAUUUGCAUUAAAAACGUUGAAUCAAUUUGAAUGGGCUUAUUUGAAAUCCCAGAAGAUACGGAACUUGGGCUUCCUGUGGCUUCAUGUGUGGUCACCAGGUUUUUAAUUUUUAUUAUUAUUUUAUCUUUUUCUGGGAGGGGGAACGGGGGGGCGUAUCACAGGAAGACGGGGAUAUGGCGAGGAGAGGGGAUUAUGGAGAGGAGGAGGAGGAUGUGGAUGAGGAGGACGAUGAGGAGUCGUCGAGGUGGAGGGAGGAGAAGAGAUGGAGGGAGGGAAAAGAGGAAGGGCAACAGGAGAAGGACGAGUGGGAGGAGGAGGAGACAUGGACGGCGAGGACGGGAGGACAUGAGGAAGGGAAAGAGGUGUCUCUGGUGUUUGCGAACGUGUCGGAAAGUGAUAUUCUGCUCCGGAAAAAGCUCGAUCGCCUCUCCUUUUCACAUACGAAUGUUAAGGUGUAUUAUGUGAUCGACAGACCAGCCAAGGGAUGGGACAGAGGUGUUGGGUAUAUCAAUGAGGACAUGCUGAGGAAGGCAAUGCCGCCACCGUCAGAUGAGAAUCUGAUAAUGCUGAGUGGCUUGCUGGCGAAGAUGGGCUACACCAAGAACCAGGUGUUUAAGUUCUAAAGCAUGUGCAAUUUGYUGUCUUUGAGAGAAAGGGUGGGCUACACGAAGAACCAGGGGCUCCGCUUUGUGGGGGUUGUAGACCCCCACAAGGAGUUACUGCGAACCAGAACCAGAUGGCGAACAAUGGGAGCAACGUGGGGAGCUUGUGGUUGCCUGCAUGUUUGAAAGGGUGCAGAUGAGUCAGGAAUGACGGGGCCAAUGACGAAGCGGCGACUGGCACGAUUAUGAGAUGGUCCGGAGUCUAGUGAAGGCAUCAUGCGGUUAAGGGGAAGGGCGGUUGAUGUGGUUUCAGGCGGUGUCACAAACGAGAUGUAAGGUCUGUUUGCCGCUGUAUCCCUUUGUCCUGGUGUGUGUGAUGUGAGAAGGAUGGAGCAACACGACACAAUUACGGAGUGAAGGCAGACAUGCGCUCUAUUCAGCCAGAGUUGGUAUAGUUAUAGUGUGAAUCGAAAAUGUGCAAGUCGUUCGACUGGGUGGGAAGAUGAUGCCAUCGAAAGCUCUGCUUUUAUACGC